AUGGCGUCGCACGGAGUCAGUUUUGAGAGUACGAGCUACAUCGAAGAACGAAAGGAUAGUAAACGACAAGCACGAGAAGAGGUGAUAGAAAAGGCCAAGCAGCAGUAUGAAAAGGAAGAGAGGAGGAAGGAGCUGAAGAGGCAGAGAGGCGAGGACACUUGGAUGCUCCCUGAGAUCAACCAGAGGCUGCAGGAGAUAGAGGAAGAAGGGUCUGCAAAGAGCAAGAAGAAGAAAGAGAAGAAAUCUAAAAAGAAAAAGGAGAAAAAGAAGAAGUCCAAGAAGGAGAAGAAGACAGCAGAAGAUGGCCCUAAUGACAGCUCAGAGGACUCGGGGGAUGAGUGGGUUGAGGCUCAAACACAAGCCGCUAAAGCCUGGCAGGUUCCCGAUGAGUCCAAGCCUUCAGAGAGCAAUCUCAACCCAGCACAGAACGUCGAGAGAGACGAAUGGAUGACCUUUGACUUCCUGGCAAUGAAAACCACGUCCACAGCAGAGAAGAGAGCUGUGAAGGACCGACUGAAAGAGGAGGAGAGGGCAAAGGCUCAGGCCAUUGAACAGGCUGGUUUGCACAAACUGGAGCUGAACCCGUACUGGAAAGAUGGAGGAACCGGUCUCCCCCCCGAGCAGAUGGCUGCAGCUAAGAAAGGUAACAACAGAGAUCAGUCGACUAAAACCACGUUUUGGUCUCAGCACCUCAGAAUAAAGUUUCACUUCAGACUUUGUUUAUUGAUUUUAUUUUUUAAUACUCAAGCACAGAAAUCCAGAAGGAAAGGCCGUGCCAUCAGUGUCUCUGAUGGAAGUAUUGUCAGUAGACCAGAGUUGCCUCACUAUUGCAAUUCAAAUAAUCUUCCUGCUCUCUACAAUCACACACUGUUCAUACACUUCCAUGUUUGCUUACAGCACUUCACACUCUUUGCUCUACCUGUUGUACUCUUCAUCCCUAAUUUUCUCAUUUCCUGUCCUGUCCUCCCUCCUCAAACAUACUAGC